AUGGCUCCUACAGCUAUUGACACCGAGGUGCCUAUUCACACCAGCACCAAGACUUCACAUCCGACGCCGCUCAAGUCAUCCAACGUGCUGGAUCAAUAUGAGUCCUUUGACGUGACCCCCAAUAUCGGCCGCGAGUUCCCAAAGGCAAACUUGGUGGACUGGCUCAACGCCCCCAACGCCGAUGAACUGAUUCGAGAUCUUGCCAUCACAAUCUCGCAACGCGGCGUCGUCUUCUUCCGCGCCCAGGACAACUUGACCAAUGAUCUGCAAAAGCAACUAAUCCUCCGAUUGGGAGAACUCACCGGCCGUCCCUCCGACUCUGGGCUCCACAUUCACCCGGUCCUCAACUCGGAGCGGGAACUGGGCGGGGCCGACCCGGAAAUCAGCACCAUCAGCUCGGUGCAGCACAAGAAGAUCUACCGCAAGCCCCUGGAGGGCGAAGAGCUUAGCCCGAAGAAGCAGUCCACUGCGCAAUGGCACAGCGACAUUGCCUUUGAGCCUGUUCCGGCCGACUACUCAUCCUUGCGCCUGGUUGAGCUGCCCAAGACGGGCGGUGACACGCUUUGGGCGUCUGGGUAUGAGAUUUAUGACCGGCUCAGCACUCCCUACCAAAAGUUCUUGGAGAGCCUCACAGUCACGUUUGAGCAGCCUGGCUUUGCCGCCGUUGCCGAACGUGGCGGCUUUACCCUGUAUGACAAGCCGCGCGGCAACCCCAAGAACGUAGGAAGCAUCCUCAAAGCAGUUCAUCCGGUCGUGAGAACGAAUCCCGUGUCGGGCUGGAAGAGUAUCUUCCCCGUGGGCGGCCACGUCAAGCACAUCAAUGGUGUGACAGACGAGGAGAGCAAGCACCUGCUCAAUUGGUUUCUGGACAUUUUGCAAAAGAACCAUGACAUCCAAGUCCGCCUCAAAUGGCAAAAUGUCAACGAUAUCGCCAUUUGGGACAACCGAAGCACUUUCCACACCGCAACCUUUGACUACGAUGACCAGGGAGAACGGUUCGGAAACAGAGCAGUUGGAAUCGGUGAAGCGCCUUACCAAGACCCCAACAGCAAGGGACGUCGUGAGGCUCUGGGCCUUUCGUAUGUGACCGUGCCAGGAUUGUGA